UUUACCUACUGUAAACAACCCCUUUUACUUCCUAGUUUGGUGAAAGUGAAAUGGCGUUUGUUUAUGUUGCAGUCGUGUUUUUAGUAUUUAUAACUGGUUAUACUUCUGGGUAUGAAAAUAUAGCUCUGAAUAAACCAACAUGGCAAUCAAAACAGUUUAAUCCUCCGAACACUUUUUUCAACGCCAGCAACGCUGUGGAUGGACUGAAAUCUGACUUAAGCGCGUGGGGAGGACAGUGUGUUAUAUCAGAUAGUGGUCAGAGUAACGCCACCUGGUGGGUAAACUUGAUGUCUGUUAAAAGUAUACAUGACAUACGGAUUUAUUACAGAACGGACAAUGUUGUGUGGGAUGAUUCAAAUGGAUACACGAUGAGAUUUUUAGGGUUUUAUGUUUACAUUUCGAAUACAACAAACAGACUUGAUGGGUAUUUAUGUUUUCACGAUACAAACUACACCAGAUCAACCAUACCAGCAGUUGUAAACAUAACCUGUCCUGUACACGGUCAAUACGUCAUCUACUACAACGUCAGACCACAGGAUGCAGAACGUGCUGCUCAAUUCAGCCAGUAUGCUUACAACGAACUUUGUGAAGUUGAAGUAUACGGUUGUAUCGAAACUGGAGUGUAUGGACCAGACUGUUCCAUCCCCUGUCCCGAUAGAAACUGUCGUUAUUGUCACAUAGAAACAGGUGUUUGUCAGGGAUGUAAACCUGGGUAUCAGGGACAUCAAUGCGAACUACCUUGUAGUCCUAUGGUCUAUGGAGAAAUAUGUUCUAUGACAUGCGGUAACUGUAGUGGGGAAAAUACGUGUCACAAUGUCAACGGAAGUUGUACAAACGGAUGUGACGUCGGAGUUUAUGGGGAUAAAUGUAAAACACCAUGCCCCAUUGGUUGGCAUGGACAAAACUGUUCUGAUAUGUGUAGUAAUUGUAAUGAAUGUGACAGAUUCUCUGGACAAUGUGAAUCUCCUUGUUACUCUGGAUGGAAGGGACUUUUUUGCAACAAUGAAUGCAGCGGUGGUGGAUAUGGUCAGGCCUGUGAACAGAAAUGUGGAGCCUGUCUGGGAUAUAAACAAUGUCACCACAUCAAUGGUUCAUGUCUUGAAGGAUGUGACCCAGGAUUUAAAGGAGAUCUUUGUAAAACGGGUUGUUCAUCUGGAAAAUUUGGUAUCAACUGUAAGCAGACUUGUAAUAAAAACUGUGGUGUACCAUAUCAAUGUAACAGAGCGACAGGAAAAUGUGAGGGUGGAUGUCAACCAGGCUGGGAGGGACCUCGAUGUUAUCAAGUAUGUAAACAAAAUAAGUACGGUGAAAACUGCUCUCAUUCAUGUGGAUUCUGUCAGGACUCAAACUGCCACCAUGUGAAUGGUUCGUGUUCAGGAAAAUGUUCGGAUGGAUAUCAAGGAACCUUAUGCAAUGAACAGUGUAAGACAGGAUUUUAUGGAGAAAAUUGCAAGAGAGAGUGCAGUAUUUUCUGCAAGACAUCACGUGACUGCAACCACGUGACAGGCAAUUGUAAUGAAGGAUGUAUCGGCGGAUGGCAGGGUGCUAUGUGUUUGCAAGUUGCAGAGAAAAAGGAUGAUGCUGAUUUUCAGUCAAGAUUUUAUGGUGUUCUUGCCGUUCUCUGUGUUUGUCUGAUAAUAAUCGCAAUUUUGAUUGCUUAUAUAUGUUUCUAUAGAUGGAAUAUGAAAGGAAAACUAAAGAAACUAAAGUAUAAGGAAGAUAAAGAGACAAAGCCAACAACAUUUAACAUGGACAUUAUCUCUAAUAAAAUUGACGAAGACGACAAGAACGGAUACCAAGAGCUGGGUGAACUGGCGCUACCAUCAGAUUAUGAUCGAAUAUGAACUUUUGAAUAUUUUAAAAUAUUUUAAGGUUAUACAAUUAAAAAAGUCAUUUCAGAUAUAAAAUAAAUACAAUAACAUACCUGUAACUCUGGUAUGCUGACUAUAUUUUUUACCUUGUAUCUUGACUCAAUAACUGUGAAAAGU